CCUUACAUAUGGUUUUAUUUUAAUGAUUUCCCCGCGUGAAGCUUUCGCUGCUGUGAGCGUAUCUUGGACAAGACUUGAAGAAAAGUUCGCUAAAGUGUCGGACCUGAACUCUCGCUGCAUGAGUACCCAUUGACAUGUUUCAAAGGGCAUACGAGAAUCAUAUAGAAUAACUCCAGGUUUACUCAACUCCUAUCAUUUCCACACAAGACCAACGGAAAGUAAGAAAAAUGUGGAAGAUCCCUAGGAGACUCUGAAGUUGAGUAUCAUCUAGCCCAGGUUGCUCAAUGAUAAAGUAGAACUAGUAAAGCAUUUUACUCUGUGUUCCUGCAUUUCAUCUGGCUUGAUAACUGCUAGUUUCACUUGAGGAAUAUCGUAAUAAAAUUAUAAAUCCUUAUGCUCAUUUUAUUGACUGAUAAAAUCGGGGGAAAUGAUGAAAAAUAUCCCCAAUUAAAUUUAAGUGAAGUGCUUUAGUAUUCAUGUUCCAUUACAAAACUCGCAAAUUUAUUUUCUGGAAUAUCAAUUGGUGGGAUCGACGAAAUCGAUGAUAAUGCCUAGUCUCCAAUUCCACAUGCGAAGCUCGAAUCUUUAAUGGUGACUUUGUAAGUGCCCAAUUUAAUAUGAACAACUACUCGUAUGCACAGCUAGACAUAAUGUGCAGAAAAUAAUCAACAACAUUCGCGCUCAAGCAAUGCCUAUCCUAAGAGGAAAAUUCAGUGAGUUUUGUGCUCAGUUCCACACUGCAAAUCAAACGGCCCAGGCAGCCUGAGGUGAACAGGGCGCGACCUCCUGCAUAAAAGAGACGGCAGCCAUCAUGGGUAGCCUGCCUACAGGCUCACUGCGUCGUCUGCAGCUGCUGCUGUUCUUCCUGCUAGUCGGAUACCCCGAAGCGUCCUCCCUCCUGGUGGAGGUGAAGGUGCCGCGGUACCGAACUUGCGACUCUGAAGCCCGCCUCUCGUGCCAUUACUCGUUGGAGGGCGAGACGCUGUACAGCCUCAAGUGGUACAAGGGAGACAGUCAGUUCUACCAGUACAUACCGGGCAACCCACAGCCCAAGACGUAUUUUAAGGUCCCUGGUGUCAACGUUGAUGAGAGCCAGUCGACGGAGGGCGAGGUGCUGCUGGCGGGGCUGCAGGUCGCCUCGUCAGGCGCCUACCGCUGCGAGGUCAUCACCGAGGCGCCCACCUUUGUCACCAAGUUCGGUGAAGGCAACAUGACCGUCAUAGACCCGCCACUGACCGCCCCCACCCUGAAGGGAGCCAACAGCGCCUACCGCUUGGGCGACCUCAUCAACGUGACGUGCUCGUCUGACCCGUCCACGCCGCCCGUCACCCUGCACUGGGCCAUCAACGACAGACCUGUCCAGAUGAACCCGCACAUGUUGCAGCAGCUCACCACCUCCUCGCUGCAGUCCGACAACCUCAGACAUCGCUCACGUCUCGGGCUCAUGUUCAGGGCUGCUGCGCGACACUUCGUUAGAGGGACGAUGCGCCUCAAGUGCACAGCCAGCAUCGGGUCAGUGUACAGUCGCAGUCAAGAGACGACCGUCAUCGAGGCCAGCUUCCUGGAGCGAUCGCAGGCUGAGGAGAGCCGAGGGUACCCCUUCUUUUUCUUCAGCGGUGCCAGCAGCACAUGGGGCCAGUCUUGUCAGCUUGCCAUUGUCAGUACCCUCUUCUUGACACUUGUUAAGAGCUGGCUCUGGGACGAGUCCAUAUAUGCCAAGGAAGAGACUGCUAGGCACCGACAGCCUGGCUCGAAACUUCCACAAGCUCCAAAUGCGCCGCUCUGUCGAGUACGAUCACACUCUGAAUGUCACCUGUCACAAAUAAACGAAACUCGGAAUAUGGGCCUCCUCCCUAGAGGCAAGAAUCCGUCCGUUGCCACCAAGUUCGAGACACCCGCGGGUACGAAUUCGGAGCGUCAACACCCAAUUCGUAUUUAAGGGGUGGACUGGUGCCCGUAUUGCCGAGCGCUGAGAAACCCUCGAUGUUUAUAUGUAAUGCAUGAUUUGUAUCAUAUUCCAAGGUAUAACUUUAUUUGUAUAUCUGUAGUGCUUGCGAAAAAUUAAUAAAAAUUGCUUCUCUUGUU